GUGGUUUGAACGCCUAUCAAAAUUUCAUCCAAUUAAAUACUAUAGUGGUGAGGUCUACAUCCCAAACUAAUAAAACUUUCCUUUUUAAAAAGUUCACAUGUGUGGCAUAAAAUAUCACAACAUUUGAUUAUAUCACAAGUAGCAUAUUUUGGUUAGCUAAUUAUCAGUAUUGCCAAGUCCACAUGGAGGGAGCAAACUCUUCUCCUGUUCAAAUCCUGCCCCCAACCAAUGGAAAUCUAAUAACUAUUCUUAGCAUUGAUGGAGGUGGCAUCAGAGGCAUCAUUCCUGCUGCUAUUCUUGAUUUCCUUGAAUCCCAACUUCAGGAGCUGGAUGGUGAAGAUGCAAGAAUUGCUGAUUAUUUUGAUGUUAUUGCGGGAACCAGUACUGGAGGCCUCAUAACAGCUAUGUUAACUGCACCAAAUGAAAAGAAUCGUCCUCUUUAUGCUGCAAAAGAAAUCAAGCCAUUUUAUUUGGGGAAUGGCCCCAAAAUAUUCCCACAAAAGAGUGGCAUACUGGGGUUGAUCAAACCCGUGCAGAAUUUUAUCCCAGGUCCCUUGUAUGAUGGGAAAUACCUUCACAAAAUUCUCAAGGAAAAGUUAGGGCAAACUCGGUUACGCCAAACGUUGACCAAUGUUGUUAUUCCAACAUUUGAUGUCAAGUAUUUACAGCCAACCAUAUUUUCCACAUAUGAGAUGCGUUAUUUCACAAAUGUAGAAGCUGAAGGCUUGCAACUGAAAUACUGUGGAUCAAAUUGGCAUGAGUACCAAAAUGUGAAAGCUUCCCCAUUGCUGGAUGCUCUGUUAUCUGACAUAUGCAUUGGCACAUCUGCAGCUCCAACCUAUUUUCCUGUUCAUUACUUCACAAAUCAGGAUGACAAAGGAAAUGUCUGGGAUUUCAACCUCACUGAUGGUGGUGUAGCUGCAAAUAAUCCGACCAUACUGGCCAUGAGCCAGGUAACCAAACAAAUGAUUAAAAAUGAUCCAGAUUUCUCCCAAAUGAAGCCAACGGAUUAUGCUCGCUUUCUAGUGAUCUCAAUUGGCACAGGAUCAGCAAAGAUAGAAAAGAAAUUCAGUGCUGAAAUGGUGAACAAAUGGAACCCUUUGGGUUGGGUGCUUAACGGGACUGUGCCACCAUUAGUAGAGAUGUUUGCCCAAGCAAGUGGAGAUAUGGUGGAUUAUCAAAUAUCUGUGAUUUUCCAAGCUCUUCAUUCUGAAGCCAACUAUCUUCGUAUUCAAGAUGACACAUUAACGGGACAAAGCGCCUCAGUUGAUGUGGCGACAAAAGAAAACAUGGAAAAGCUUGGGGAAAUUGGUUCAAAUUUGCUAAAAAAACCAGUUUCAAGAGUGAAUUUGCUCACAGGAGCAGUUGAGCAAGUGGAGAAUGGUGGUACUAACGAGGAGGCUUUGAAAAGGUUCGCAAAAUUGCUCUCGGAUGAAAGGAGACUCCGAAGGUCAAAAUCUCAAACCACAAAUUAAUACAGGGGCAAACUCGUAAUUGUCAAUUUUCUUUUUCUUACCUUCCUUCCUUGCACUCUUUUCGCCCCACCCGUUCUGAUAUCGAAGAGAACUUUAAAAACCUUCCUUAGCCACCGAACCAACUUCAAUGGUCUUGUAGCCACCAAUUUGUUACUUCUUUCUUGUACUUAAUUAUCUGAGCAUAAGCUGUGCAUUUUAUCCAGCAUAUGGUGGACGUUGUUAUUUCUUGAAACUUUAUACAAAAUAGAAUUGGUCGACCUUACAUUCCUAAUGA